AAAGAAAGGCACAGGCUAAGAAGGAGCACUUUGGGGAGGACUCACUUGAUGGGAUGUACUGCUGACUGCUUAUUUCUUUCUCCGCUGCCUACAUACAGAUCAAGACUCCUAUAAGGGCAGGAGAUCAGCACCCUCCUUCCUCUUGAGAACCACCCCUCCAGGGGGUCUCAGAGGAAAAAUGGAAGUGUUGGGGCUUCUCAAGUUCGAAGUGAGUGGCACUGUAGUGACUGUGACUCUGUCCGUGGCCCUCUUGGCCCUCCUGAAAUGGUACUCCACAUCAGCAUUCUCAAGACUGGAGAAGCUGGGCAUCAGACACCCCAAGCCUUCUCCUUUUGUUGGAAACUUGAUGUUUUUCCGCCAGGGCUUUUGGGAGAGCCAACUGGAACUCCGGGAGCGAUACGGGCCGCUGUGUGGGUACUAUCUUGGCCGUCGGAUGUACGUUGUCAUUUCAGAGCCAGACAUGAUCAAGGAAGUGUUGGUUGAGAACUUCAGCAACUUUUCCAACAGAAUGGCCUCAGGUCUGGAACCCAAGAUGGUAACAGACAGUGUCCUGUUGUUACGUGACAGAAGAUGGGAGGAAGUCAGAAGUGCCCUGAUGUCUGCAUUCAGUCCUGAAAAGUUGAAUGAGAUGACACCUCUCAUCAGCCAAGCCUGUGGAGUUCUUGUGGCUCACUUAAAACGCUACGCAGCAUCCAGGGACGCAUUCGACAUCCAGAGGUGCUACUGCUGUUACACCACAGAUGUGGUAGCCAGUGUGGCCUUUGGCACCCAGGUGGACUCCCAGAAUGCUCCAGAAGAUCCCUUUGUGCAACACUGCCGACGUGUCUUUGCCUUCUGUAUCCCCAGGCCUCUCCUGGCUUUAAUCUUAUCAUUUCCAUCCAUAAUGGUCCCAUUGGCCCGGAUUCUGCCCAAUAAGAACCGAGAUGAACUGAAUGGCUUUUUUAACACACUCAUUAGGAAUGUGAUUGCCUUACGGGACCAGCAAGCAGCAGAAGAGAGGCGGAGAGACUUCCUGCAGAUGGUGCUGGAUGCCCAGCACUCCAUGAGCUCUGUGGGUGUGGAAGGCUUUGACAUGGUCACAGAAGCCCUGUCCUCUUCUGAGUGCACAGAGGACCCACCCCAAAGGUGCCGUCCUAUAUCCACAUCUAAGCCUUUAACCGUGGAUGAAAUUGUGGGCCAGGCCUUCCUCUUCCUCGUUGCUGGCCACGAGAUCAUCACGAACACGCUCUCCUUCAUCACAUACCUGCUGGCCACCCACCCUGACUGCCAGGAGAGGCUUCUGAAAGAGGUGGACCUCUUCAUGGAGAAGCAUCCAGCCCCUGAGUACUGCCACCUGCAGGAAAGUCUGCCCUAUCUGGACAUGGUGAUUGCAGAGACCCUGAGGAUGUACCCGCCAGCUUUCAGGUUCACACGGGAGGCAGCACAGGACUGUGAGGUACUGGGACAGCACAUCCCUGCAGGUACAGUGCUGGAGAUAGCUGUGGGUGCCCUACACCAUGACCCAGAGUUCUGGCCGAACCCUGAGACCUUUGACCCCGAAAGGUUUACAGCAGAGGCCCGGCUUCGGCAGAGGCCGUUCACAUACCUGCCCUUUGGAGCUGGCCCCAGGAGCUGCCUCGGAGUUCGGCUGGGGCUGUUGGUGGUCAAGCUGACACUACUCCAGGUCCUACACAAGUUCCACUUUGAAGCCAGCCCUGAGACUCAGGUUCCACUUCAGCUAGAAUCCAAAUCUGCCCUAGGCCCCCAAAAUGGAGUCUACAUCAAGAUUGUGUCACGCUGAUAUAGAAGGCACGUGGGAAAGAGGAAGCACUUUGUAAUGGUGACAUCUGCACAUCACUGUCGGGAUUCAAAGGAAAGCCUCAUGUGAAGAUGGAAAGUCUAUGGGAAUAUAAAGUUUAGAGUGAUUAAAAGGGCACAUGGCAUGUGAGCAUACGGUAUGCAUGUCACAGUUCCUAAAUGUUUAAAAAAAUGUUUGUCCUGCUUCAUUUUGACAUUACCAGUGGGGUUCAGACCAUGGUUUUCUUGGGAAAAGGGAAAGGUCAUUUUGAUUAAACUGGGAGUAAGGUGUCAAAAGAAGUCCCGGCCUCAUGACAGAGGUAUUCUACAGUGCAGGGGACAUGGGGACACAUAGGUGAAUAGUCCUGACAGCACUGGCAUAGGCUUUUUACCUUCUCAUGAUUCAUGGGUUUCAGAUAAACAAUGUACAUAGACACUCAGCCUCCAAAGUAGCUCCAAAGCCUCACUGUACUUUGGCUUCUUAAAUAGGGAUAGAGACACUUAUUGGAAGCUUGCACAGACAGAAUAACAUCAGCUAAAGGGCACUCUUGAUAGCUGGGGGUUCAGACUCACUGAAGAAAACUAAGCAGACUUCCCUUACCUCCCUGACACUUCUCCCAACUCCCGACCACUCUGCAGCCACUGCAGGAGGCCCAAGUGUGCAGGUCCCUGCUGAGGGAACAGUCCAAAGCCUGUGCAGGAGAGCUGGGCAUUUGCUGAAAUUCAUUAGAAUGCUAUCUGGUGCCAAGAUGUACAGGAUCCAGGGCAAGAACAUGUAGAUGCAACUGAGUAGAAGGCUCUGUGAGGACCCAGCUGGGAUCUAUCAGAAGGUUUUGUGAGCAUCCUGUUUACUGUCCCAGGGUUACUGGUGUUACAAAGAACAGAGUGGGAUGUAGGAGGGGCUAGAGAAGAAACUGAGGAUUCAAACUGCCAACAAGGGACAGGAGUCCAGUGAUUCUAAUGCAGCCCUGUGCCUAUUCACAGCAGACAAGGGAAGGCAGAGAGGCCCCCAGGGUCUACAAAUGCAGGAACAGCUUUUCCUCCCCAAUCCACACAACCAGGCAACUGUUCAGCCACUCUAAGUCCCUCCCUAGCAUUGUCAGUGCAAACAAUGGUCUCCAACACUCACAGGACCAAUUAAAUGCCUUCUUCACCCCCCACACUAUCAUUAAAGGACCAAGAGCUCAAACAAAAAACAAUAUACUUUGAGAACCAUCCAGGAUGUAGUGGAGCCACAUUGGAAACCCAUGAAAAUCACACUGCCUGCAGCUAUGUGGCUGACCUGAAGUGGGGGCUUAUGUUUCAUUCAUAAUGAACUCAUCUCUCUCUGGACUGAUUAGUAACGCUGCCCUGUGUAAGGUCUAAGGUCACUCCAACGAUGGUACUCCAGUUAAACUGCCUUAGAUUUAAUCUUCAGGGGACAUACCAGUGGUACAACUCUUUAAGAUGGAGCCAUCCUCCCUGUCAGCUUGGGCCAGAUGAGUGCAUUAAGACAUGUGGAAAGCACAUUGUUCUAUAAGGAAACUACAUUUUGUGGGCCAAAACCUAAAAAUAAUAUAAAUAUACAUGUAAACAUGUGACCAUAUUGCUAGAGCUUAGGAGAGGUAACAAGUGAGGGACCCAGACUUUCAGUCCUACUGAGGCCAGUGGCAUAAACUCUGUUCUUUCUUACUGUGGUCUGAAUGUUUCACCCCUAAACCCAUGAUAAAUCUGCACUCAUGGUUUGUGGUUCUUUAGAAGGUGAUGGGUCUAAAACAGGAAUCCCUCAUCAGUGAGAUUAACACCCUUAUUUAAUAAAGGGCAUGGUAGGGUCUCUUCUAGCACUGUGGUUAUUUUGAGAAGCUAUAAAGCCAGCAAUAAAGAAUGACCACGACCAGACCCUGAAUCUACAGGUACCGUGAUCUUGAACUUCCUAGCUUUCAAAACCUUGAACAAUAAAUGCCUAGUGUUCAUUAAAAUCACUCGGUUUAUAAUAUUUUGCUCUAUCAGUCCACAGGACCAAGAUAAUCCCAACACACAGCAAAGGGCCUGGUGCCUAUCUGGUACUCUUUAUGAACAGACAACAAAAACAAACUCCAGUCUUCAUCUACUUCAAUAGUCUUUUAUUUCCAUACUCUCACGUGACAUUUGAAGCACGGGUAUUCAAUCUCAUUGAGACAUAAAGCCCACACCUAGAAGGUGACCAGUGUGCUUAAGGGAUUUUGGCAGAGGCACUUAUGGGUCAGGCCCAGGACUUAAGGGGACACUAAUGUGUGUUUCCUGUCAGGCAGAGUCACGCUUCACUUACAUCAAGAACUGCCCAGGUGAGUGCCAAAGCAGGGCCAAAGUGACAGUGAAGCCGAGGCCGUCCCUGUAGUCCCCUCCCCUUCCAUAAAGGACACUAUGCUACUCUGACAAAAGCAAACUGGACACAAGACCCUUCAAACCAGAAUUGUUAUAGAGACAUAAACUCUAUAACAGUUAAAACAAAUCCAUAAAACUGUAUGUAUAAAUUCUGUGCUUGGUCUUAAUAAACAUCAAAGUCAGCAAAGAGUUAAAAUGCAAUACUAACAUUAUUAUACAUUAAACAUGGGCUCACAACCACUACUGCUAAGAUCAUAAGCCAACCUAAAAGGACCUAAAACCUAAAACUGUUAUCAGCCAAAGAUUAAGAUUGUGGCUUCAAGUCAGGCCUGGUAAUAGAGGCUUUUAAUCCCAGCUGAUCAGGAGACUGAGGCAGAAUAUAAUUUAGUAAAACAUUGCCUCAUAAUUAAAACAUUUUAAAAGGGCUGGGGUGUGGCUAGCUCAGUGGUAGAGUGCUUUUCUAGCAAGCACAAGGCCCUGUGUUCCAUCCCUAGCACUAGGGGAGAAAAAAAUGUAAUUUCACUGAGAAGCCAAUAUUAAACAAGAGUUCAUUAAAAGUUUCGUUAAAAAAAAAAAAAAAAA